AUGGAGAAGAACCCGACAUUACGGGAAAACAUCAGCCGCCAAAUACAGGAAUACGUAGAGAAAGGCUACGCUCAUCGGGCGACGCCCGCCGAUCUGGAGAACGCGAAUCCCAGGAGAGUCUGGUUCUUACCGUUGGGAGCAGUUACGAAUCCGCACAAACCUGGGAAAGUGCGGCUUGUAUGGGAUGCGGCAGCAAAAGUUUCCGGUGUAUCGCUGAAUAGCGCAUUGCUUAAAGGGCCGGACCAGUUGACGCUUCUACCAACCGUAAUGUUUCGUUUCCGUCUGUACGCCGUGGCAGUUAGUGCGGAUAUAGAGCAAAUGUUCCAUCAAUUGGGUAUUCUACCAGCUGAUAGGAAUUCAUUGCGCUUCCUAUGGAGCGAAACGUCAGAUAAACCAGCAGAGAUCUAUCUCAUGGACGUUGCUACGUUCGGUGCAACGUGUUCGCCUGCAUCCGCGCAGUACGUCAAGAACCUAAAUGCUAAAGAACACAUUCUGCAAUAUCCUAGGGCUGUCGAAGGAAUACUGAAAAGCCAUUAUGUCGACGACUACCUCGACAGUUUUGGUACUGAAAGUGAAGCCGUGAACACAUCAACAGAGGUUCGAUUAGUUCAUCACAAUGGUGGAUUCCAUCUACGGAAUUGGAGGUCGAACAGUGAGAAGGUCGUGAAGGAACUAGGGAAUUCAGCCACAAUAGACAGCAAAAACCUAUGCCUAGAAUCUGGCGAACGAGUGGACCGUGUGCUUGGAAUGUUAUGGUCAUCAAGUUCGGAUGCAUUAAGCUUCUCCACCCGCCUGAGUGAGGAGGUGAGGAAUCUACUGGACGACGGUUCUCGGCCGACGAAACGGCAAGUACUGCGGUGCGUCAUGUCAUUGUUUGAUCCUCUGGGAUUACUCGCGCUAUUUAUCAUUCACGGGAAAGUGUUGAUCCAGGAAUUGUGGCGUGCUCAAACCGAGUGGGAUGAAGCAGUAAGUGACGAUGUAUUCGAACAGUGGAAUCGCUGGAUUGGGAUGAUCGAGUUCAUAGCAACCGUAAAAAUUCCUAGAUGCUAUUUUUCCCAAGCUACCAUCCAAACGUAUAAAAAUGCUCAGCUUCACGUCUUUGUCGACGCUAGCGAGAUUGCUUACGCGUGCGCCGUGUACAUUCGAACUUACGUUGAAAAUGGAAUGUUCAAUUGUGCUUUGAUCUCUGGUAAGGCCAAGGUGGCUCCGCUCAAACCGAUGUCUAUACCAAGAUUGGGCUGCAAGGAUGCGUACUUGGUGCGCGACUACUCAAGAGAAAUAUUAGAAAUCACGGAUGUCAGUGAAUGGCGAUGGGUGCCGUCCAAAUUGAACCCAGCAGACGAGGCUACCAAAUGGGGUCGAGGACCCUAUUUUAGCCCUGAUAGUCAAUGGUUCCAUGGACCACGAUUCCUGCGUUUACCGGAAGGAGAGUGGCCGAAAGCAACCGACUCAGUGGAAGCAACAAACGAAGACACGAGAACAUCGGUGAUGCUACAUUUCGUGUUCCAGCCAAUUUUAGAUUUUGAACGAUUUUCGUCGUGGAAGAAGAUCAUGCGAACCAUGGCCUACGUCUUACGCUUUCUUCGCAACAUCGCUAAGCCCAAGCGAAGAAAUCUAGAAGCACUCACACAAGAAGAGCUGAGUGAUGCACAAUGUGCAAUUUUGAAAAUCGUACAGCGAGAGUGUUAUCCCGAAGAAAUGGCAAUCCUCGAAUCAAAAGGGUCCUCGAAUAACAAUCAAGUGGCUAUCGACCGGAAAAGCAGUCUGUUCAAAUUAAUGUCUGCAAUGGAUGAAACCGGUUUAGUACGGCAACGGAGCCGAAUAAUAGCUACAAAGGAAAUAGCCUAUGAUACUCGAUUCCCGAUAAUCUUGCCAUCGAAACACCGAGCAGUGAGUCUGCUGAUAGAAGAUUAUCAUCGUCGAUACCUCCAUGCCAACAACGAAACGAUCGUUAACGAACUCCGCCAGCGUUAUAAUAUUCCGAAACUACGUCAACUUGUGAAGAAUAUCGCCUACAAGUGUCAGCUUUGCAGGAUCCGCAAAGCUCGUCCUAGCUAUCCACCGAUGGCUACACUACCUCCGGCUCGUUUGGCAACGAAUGUUCGUCCGUUCAGCUAUGUGGGUGUGGAUUAUUUUGGUCCGCUUCUUACGAAAGUUGGUCGGUCGAAUGUGAAGAGGUGGAUCGCACUCUUUACAUGUCUCACCGUCCGAGCAGUGCACCUUGAGAUCGCGUACAGUUUGUCAACGGCUUCCUGUAUCUCCUGUGUCCGUCGAUUCAUCGGUCGCCGUGGAUCGCCACUUGAAAUAAUUAGCGAUAACGGAACUAAUUUCCAAGGAGCUGAGCGCAUUCUUCGUGAACAAAUAGACAGAGAACUGGCCGUGACGUUCACGAAUACGACAACGAAGUGGAGCUUCAUUCCUCCAGGAGCUCCGCAUAUGGGGGGUGCUUGGGAGAGGUUAGUGCAGUCUGUUAAAUUGGCUAUGAAAGACGCCUACGCAGAAGGAAAACUGAGCGAUGAGGAAUUGCAAAUGCUGGUUGUCGAAAUAGAGAGUAUUGUCAACUCGAGGCCACUGACAUACUUACCGCUAGACUCUGAGGAGUCCGAGGCUUUGACCCCUAAUCAUUUCCUUCUGGGAAACUCUAGUGGAGCGAAACCAGCUGGGGUCAACAUAGUUGAUUCACGAAAGAACUUGCGAGACACGUGGGAAGUAAUACAACGUCAGCUGGACAAAUUCUGGGAACGAUUCUUGGUGGAGUAUUUGCCAGUCAUUAGAAGACAACCAAAAUGGUUCAGCGAAACUAGGUCCUUGAGGGUCGGAGAUCUUGUACUGGUUGUAGAUGCUGGCAAGCGUAGUGAAUGGGUACGAGGCAAGGUAUUGCAGGUCUUCGAAGGAGCUGAUGGCCGAGUCCGUCAAGCCGCCAUUCAAACACGCCAAGGUGUGUUCAGACGUCCAACAACAAGGCUGGCAGUACUCGACGUAGAUGGUCAAGGUGCUGUCCUAGGAGACGUAGGGAAGCACCGGGGGGAGACUGUUAAGAGUGCUACCGUCGAGUCGGUCACCCUAGAACAACCGAUUCUACCGCUUGACUGA